AUGGCAUCACAGGGGUUUUGGUCUCUCGGCGGCGAAAAUAGUAGUGACAGCAAUCAAAGCCUCAGCACGCCUAGAGCUUGGUGCCAGGCGGCGGCCCAAAAAUUCUCGGGAGGCAUUGGAUCGAAAUUAUGCGCAUUGCUUAACGUGGGAGAGGCUGAGAAACCAGCAGAUCAAUCCACGAAACAAGAUGAAACAACAGCAGAGACUUGUGACUGCAAUAAACCAUGUAAUUGUUCUAAAGCGACGGUCGGUUUUUCGGACCUCUAUUCAACAGAUCUCUUGCCUGCCCUGGAUGGAGACAUGAAGACAAUGAAUUUUCUUCAGGAAGUUGUGGAUAUUCUGCUGGCAUAUAUAGUGGAGUCUUUUGAUAGGUCAACGAAAGUGAUUGAUUUUCACUAUCCAAAUGAAUUGCUGCAAAGGAACAAUUGGGAACUAUCAGACGAGCCGGAGACCCUGGAUGAUAUUUUAAUAAGCUGCCGAGCCACUUUGAAAUACGCUAUCAAAACAGCACACCCCAGGUACUUCAAUCAGCUCUCAACCGGAUUAGACAUGGUUGGUCUGGCAGCAGACUGGCUAACGUCGACUGCCAAUACCAAUAUGUUCACCUAUGAGGUGGCUCCUGUGUUUGUGCUGCUGGAAUACGUCACUCUGAAGAAGAUGAGGGAGAUCAUUGGCUGGCAAGACGGCCGUGGGGAUGGAAUAUUCUCGCCGGGUGGCGCCAUUUCCAACAUGUACGCCAUGUUGCUUGCCCGCUACAAGAUGUUUCCCGAAGUGAAGGAGAAAGGGAUGUCUUCAAUUCCCAAGCUGGUUGCCUUUACAUCUGAGCAUAGCCAUUUUUCAAUAAAGAAAGGAGCUGCAGCACUCGGAAUAGGCACAGAGAGUGUCAUCUGUAUCAAAGUGGAUGAGAGAGGUAAAAUGAUACCUUCUGACCUUGAGAGGAGGAUAGUUGAAGCCAAGCAAAAGGGGUUUGUGCCAUUCUUUGUGAGCGCCACCGCUGGCACCACCGUGUACGGUGCCUUUGAUCCUCUCAUCGCCAUCUCUGACAUCUGUAAGAAGUACAACAUCUGGAUGCACGUGGACGGUGCCUGGGGAGGAAGUCUUCUUAUGUCGAGGAAACACAGAUGGAAACUGAAUGGAGUUGAAAGAGCUAAUUCAAUGACAUGGAAUCCUCAUAAGAUGAUGGCUGUACCACUUCAGUGUUCUGCCCUUCUAGUUAGAGAGGAGGGGCUGAUGCAAAGCUGCAACCAGAUGCAUGCCUGCUACCUGUUCCAGCAAGACAAACACUACGACCUGUCCUAUGACACUGGGGAUAAAGCCCUGCAGUGUGGACGCCACGUUGACAUCUUCAAACUGUGGCUCAUGUGGAGAGCAAAGGGCACCAUUGGAUUUGAGGCUCAAAUUGAUAAGUGUCUGGAGCUUUCAGAAUAUCUUUACAACAAGAUCAAGGACAGGGAAGGAUAUGAGAUGGUCUUUGAUGGAAAGCCUCAGCAUACCAAUGUGUGUUUCUGGUACCUUCCUCCGGGUGUCCGCUACCUUGAGGACAAAGUGGAAAAAAUGAAGCGCUUACACAAGGUGGCCCCUGUGAUAAAGGCCAGAAUGAUGGAGUAUGGGACAACCAUGGUGAGUUACCAACCGCAGGGAGACAAAGUCAACUUUUUCCGCAUGGUCAUCUCCAACCCGGCAGCCACAUUCGAGGAUAUCGAUUUUCUAAUUGAGGAGAUUGAGCGACUUGGACAGGACCUAUAA